CCCGUCUCAUUAGCUAUCCACGUUCCCUGUAGGCACUCGUGUUAUAGGCGAUAAAAGUGAAUGCCACUUCUGUUUCUUCCGGUUUCAUUGUUAAUUGAUUGCUUCAGUGAAACCACAAGAAUGAGUUGUAUCCAUGGUGUGCAGAAACACCACUAGGGAGGUCUCCGUUUUCUUCUACUAGCUUGAUGGUUGCGCUACGUCGGUCGUCGUGAGUGGGAAGUGCCCAUAGGUCGAGACACAUUGCCACUAUGGUGAGCUGCUACGGUGAGGUCGCCCCAGUCGCAGCCGGUUCCGCGAGAUCGCGCUUCGCAGAGUUAACCGUCGACCCCCAGCAGAUAUGCUGUCGACGCCACUAUGUAGUGUAAGUAAGCGUCGACGCCGCAGGAGGAACCCUUGUACAUUCAAACUUUUGUUUUUGACUGUCCUGUGAGGUAUUGUUUGAAACUGACGCUGUGGAGUUCAUGCUUCCAGCUCGCUGGCCGGCGUUCAUUUGGAACUCGCGGUGACGACCCUUUUUCACCCUCCCGGCCGGUUGACUGGAAAGUCGGGCGGCCGGGUUACCAUUGGUUUGCAGGUGAACCGAACUUGACGCGACCAGCAGUUGUGCGUGUGUGUGCACUCCAAGAACUGUGGGAAAGUGCGUGGUUCCGAGUUCCGGAAAAUGAUUCGGUAUCGUUGGAGCGUUUAUUUGUUCAGUUUCAUGUGGUGAAUGAGUGCCAACCGGCCUGCCUCACCUUGGAUCACGACGCGGGCAUCGUACGGGGUGGCCCGAAGAGUGCGUUCUUCGGAACGGCGAACGGAGCUUUGGUCAGCACUUUUUGUCUGGUACAUGCAACGGAAGACGACACUAAAAGUUGAAUGCGGCGCAGUUGUACCGGUGCAGGAUACAUGUUUUUCCACGUAACUGUGUCAGACGCUGGAGGGGGGACGUGAGACGCGUCUCUGGUGGUCGCUGCCAAGCUCUGCGGACAUCCGAGACCAUCGGUCGAGACGUCAAAGCGUCACGGGGAGCCAUGUCGUUAUCGGGUAGUUCGUUAAUGGUGAAGCAGUAAAUACCAUCAGAACAGUUUUCCUGUCGGCCCUUGAUUGGCUUUGGUUUUUCGGAUAGGUUUGUUCUAUAUGACGCACUGAGUUCGUUCAUGUUAGUGUGUACGCGUGUGGUGAACGGGUGAAGCUGUUCGAGACGAGUUUCACUUCGAGGGGCCAGGGGGAAUGUCAUGCAGGAAUUCCGUGAGCUCUUAUCGUCAGACCUUUCUCUGAAGGGGGGGGGAGGCAAAUUAUCAAGCGAGCAGGUGGAAGAACAACUGACUCGCACUGUAUGGACUAUCGUAGGCAGCCUGGGCUUAGGGCCACGGAGAGGGGAAUGGAACCGUUUUUUUAAAGGCCUACUGUGCCGGCACUAGUUCUCCUCGCGGUUCCGUAGUUUUCUUGCCAGUGUCUGUCCACAGUUUUCUUUUAUUCCUUAACGGUAAGAAUGACCAGCACUUGAAGACGCCAAGGGGCUUGGCAGACUAACGGCAUUGCUUUCUUCGGUCGCAUGUAGAACAACUGACUCCGGCGAUGGUGUACUCACACGAAAACCGUAUCCUUGUAGUGACGUGCAUCGUGCUGGUGGUCGUGUGAUAACGAGCACUUGGGCGUUUGUGUUUCGUCUCUUUGUGAAGCCUGGGUUAGCUUGCAGCCACACUUUUCUCCCGCGAGGACAACCGUUCGAGCAUGUGGUCUUUCACACAGUCAGCGCUUGUUCGGCGACACGGGAGAAUAACAGGCAUGACGAAGAGUCGUACACGACACAACAGACUUGGUGGAUUAUGAUACAUUUUGCGUGUGGUGACUGGUCGUCGCUAGUAGAGAACUGUUUCGGUUAUUUCCGGUGAAGCAUACCAGAGAAGUUCUCUGUUGGAAUUCUUAUCGUAAAUUGCUUGUGUAGAUGCGCUAGACGAGGCUUACCUCUCAAAUGCCCAGCUGUUGGGGUUUGCGAGCGUUGAUUGGCAGAUGGUUAGCUAGGUGACGUAAAAACGGCUUGUGUGAUCUGCAUAGUGAGUUUCCCCUGAUCAAACAAUUGUCACUAGAGGUGGCUGAUUUGCAUGUGGGUUACGGUUUAUCCUGCGGAUGCUGCUACUCUUUGGAACAACAGAACGUACUGGGCGUUAAUUCGUGGUCAGUGCCAUCCGGAUGGUCCUGGGGCAACAGCGAGGUUUCGCGGCCAUGAUGCAAGGAUCUGAGUUCAUGACCGGGACGGAACGGUCCUUUCCGUUGGCAGAUGGUGACUAUCCGUUUAGCAUGGAGCCACCAUCUCCCACAGUUUCUGACGUGGAUGGUGGUGCGGUCACGCCAACUGGACUGCCUCGAAGUUUCAUCCCAUUACUCUCUAAUCGACUAUCGUCUCUUCAAGCCGACGUCAUCCGAGUGACCGAUACUUCGGGUCCAUGUGAGCAGAGUCUGGACAGAGACCCGAAGCACGAAUUUUCGCCAUGCCAUUCGGAGUCUUUCUUACUACAAGAAACCAGUCCGUUCACCCCUCCCACUCUUUCCGACUCGAGCGAUACCAGCUGGCUCGACCUGCGGCAUCCCCAUUCUCUCGAGGGUUGCCCCGAUGCAGAUGUGGGGUUCGGUCUUCUAGGAGUGCACUCUAAGGCACCAGGAGUUCUAGAACUUCUGACAAGGGAGGGACACGCAACAUCUGUCCCUGUGUCUCAAUGGGGAUGGAGUGGUGGCUCAGCGGACGUUACGGGGAGGAACGAGCGACGCACUCCGGAGAACGGUUGGCAAGCUCUUUCAGGUAAUGUUUCGGAAUACAGCAAGGCCACUCCACUGACGGAGCAAAGACCCUCCGUUAAGAUGGACUACAUCCAGGGCCAGGGAGGUCAGUCAGAAGGAACGCAGCUUUCGCAGACUGCAGUAGGUUGGGUGACCGACGGCGGGGAACGCUGCAGGGCAGCAGACGUUUCACCCCGUGAGACAACGAACGCUCGCGUUUUAUCCGAAUACCACGAGCCGGCUGGCAUGCAUUCAGGCGGACCCAACAAGACUGUGCCAGUGGAGUUCUCUGGCUCCGUUGUGACCGCUAGCACACAACCGUGUUCCACCACAUCGAGUCCACAGGACUGGAGCCCUGUGGUACAAAUGAAAUGUUCAACGUUUUCGCGGGAGCCUGCUGCAGACAUGGAGCCAGUGACUGCGUCCAAAUGGGGGCAGGUGACAGUUGACGCGAGCCAGGGGAAACUGCUUCAGGACGACGGGCAGUGCUCUGAGCAGCCGGGGCAAGGCUUGCGCCGUAUCACUGAAAAUCGGUGCAGCUACGGCUGGCAGACACAAGAUCCAGUUACCUCUUCAGGCACGACGAAUGUGCCACGACUAGCGGCUGCGUAUCACCAGGUCACCAGGAGCGUUUCGUGUGGCCCCCGUGACGAGCAGGGCAGACUUGGACAGUAUGACGAUGGGGCACAGGUGAAAAUCAAUCAGAUUUCGCGCUUCAUUGUAGCUCAAGGAAACAGGAUUGUUCCUUGUGAUUACGGAAGAGAUGUCACGCGGCAUUGUGUCCUGUAUGAGAGGGAAGCAUACGAAUCGGGCCGCACCGUAAGGCCAACCAAAGCCUCAUUUUCUGAGGUUUGUAUUAGUCCAUCCUCUUUAACCCGCUCCACGACAGCAACUUCUUUGACGGGAACUCCGCCUGAGAAAGUCGACACCUCGUGGAUGACCUCCUCUUCGACAUGGUCAGAGACUGAUUCUGAACACGGCAGGGGCAUACCCGGAUGCAGCCGCGAAGUCCCGUCUGGUCGAAUUCCUCGAGAGGCAUAUUCAGCGAAGCAGGGGCAGGCGUUGCCAGGUGGUGCGGUUACAGGGACAGAGUACCACGGCACCGAUCCCAUGUGGUCGACUGUAAUCUCUGUCGCGGCGCAAACCCGCCACGUUCAGAGGGCAACUGGUGUGCUUUGGAACAGAAACGAAGGGCCAGGGUGGAACUCCGGUGGCAGGUGGGACCUGAGAGAACCACCGCAUUCUCUUGGGCAGUUUCACGUAAACAAGUCACCACUUGUCUCGUCGUGGAGUGUCACUGGAAUAGACCAGAAGAGGGAGAACGUAUGGUCACGACAGUGCCCUGAGCAUGCGCUGUCCGUUCCGCCAGCAAUCCACUGUUCCAGUUUCGUAGUGCCACCAAUGACGAGUGCCACCCCUGACGUCGCUGAGCCCGCUGAUGACCCACAUUUAGGCCAGCAGGUCUUCCGCCCUAUAGAGAACGGUCGUUAUCUGAAAAACACUCCACCUCCAGCUCCGUUUCAUGGAAGUCUCCGCGCUGGGUCGUUCGUUGGCCACUUCCCCUACGCAGGACGUUGUGGUGAGGCGAAUGCGUUCAUUACAAAACGUGGUCUACCAAUAGGUCAUUCUGCACAGGCGGCCCAUAACACAGCAAAUGGGACUUCUUAUCACCAGUACGGGGAAACAGCGGCUGACAGAGUAGAAACAAACAGCCAGAUUUUAAGCGGUCCUGCGUGCAUGAACCGCCCCAGCGAGUCAUCUCUCGGGUCGAACACGGGAAGGGAUUACUUUACUGUGUGUUCCUCUCCAUCAGCUUCCGAGAGCAUUGCUGAAACAAACCCUUUUACCGUUCGCUGUGCCCAGCAGUUUGGGAUUAACACGAAUGAGAUGACUGAAGCGACACUAAAGAACGGGUAUGAGUCGAAUGUUGUGGGGUCUCGUUGUGGAACAGACGUGGUUACUGCCACGAACAACAAGCGAGCCAGAUUGGAUUCAGAAGGGAUCACAUUUUUGAAUGAGGGUAAUCUCUUCAAGAAAACUCGCAGGACGGCGGGAGAGAGGAAGGAGAUGGAGGACAACAAAGCUGUCACUCAAGAUUCCCGAGCAACUCCAUCUGUUUUCCCUGAAAUGGAAGCAGGAGACUGGCACACGCUAGCGCCAGAGGCUGGCGAGUGUUGUGGGGAGGGGUCAGAACGGUUCGAAGAUGAUUCAGGCGGUCAAGGUGACGAGGACAGUAAUUUGCAGUGGCAUGAAGGUUUUACUCUUCCUCUUGGCAAAGAUGGCCGUGGGGAACUGAUUAAGAGAAUGAGAAGUGUCCAUAAGGCGGAUCGAGAAUUCUGUCGCUUCAGUUUAGAGGGCAUGGGAAUCGAUUUCAAGCGAUUGGCCCACGCAACUGUUGAGGAGCUGUGGAAGAUUGCUUACCGAUGGGGACUAUUCGGCUACGCAGUCAAGCUGUCGAAGAAGUAUGGGAAGACAACGACCAGCCAAUCACGGAAGAAGAAUGUACAAGCCGCGCCAGUUCCAAACCUUCAGGCCGUUUCUGUAAUAUGCGAUCACACCAGGUGACCGUGUAAAGGGAUCAUUUUGCACGUGGGAACUAACACUACAUUCUGCUGUUCAGACUUAAAUGCAUCUUUAAACUUUUGUAGCAUGUAUUUGACGAUGUGGUACGUGAUCAGUAGUUCUACUCCCCCAGCAGUAGGGGACAGUAUUCAUUUGUACACAUAGCAUGAAGCGAAAUAUUUCGUGCGAUCCUCCUGCGCACUGGAUGGACGUUACCGAAUUCCUUGGGUUGACAAAACAAUACAAAACGUUGGACGAAAUCUGACAAAUGCGCCUCCUUGUC